CGCCACUGAAUAAGUAAUAACGCGGCCGAUCGAGCCAUCAACUCGGAGAACGGUUCACGCUCUUGAAAAUGACCACUCACUUUGCAUCUUAAGAGAGAUUCUGCGAAAAUGAAACUAUUUGUCACGUCGAAAUGAAAAACCGCUCUCGCGUCGGGCACUGAGAGCUUGGAACGUGGGUAUACAGUGACGGCCAGAGCAGCGCCUGGGAUUCAACCUGCUUGCCUGGCGAUUUGUCUUCCUUCUGGUGGAUUGUGGCGUCGACAAAAUGAUGCAGCAUCCCCUAGAGCUGGGGGCUCAUUACCUGCCUCACGAGCCGAUCCACGACUACAGGUCACACCGGUACAGGAGCUUUAUGAUUGAGGAGAUACUGACCGAACCCACGGGCUCAGGCAAAGCCACGAGUGGGGGCGAGCUCCUCAAAUUCGGUGUUCACGCUCUGCUCAACAGUCGGCCCUACCACAGCCAUCUAGCAGGCCUGAAAUCAGAUCAUGCUGGAGUUUUCAAGUUUCCGUUGGGUCCGAUCUCAUGCAGUCUUGCUGCUCCUUUGGGCUCAGCAUUGGUAUCCGGAGGAUCGAGCCUGGGUAGUGGUCCCGGAGGUCCCCAUCUUCCGCUAGACCUGCACCUCCGGUCAAAGCUUGAACAAGGUCCUGAACCAGGAAACAAGGCAAAAAAGGGCAGGAGGAGCCGAACGGUCUUUACUGAACUACAACUAAUGGGUCUCGAGAAAAGAUUUGAAAAGCAGAAAUACCUUUCAACACCAGACAGAAUAGAUCUGGCAGAGUCUCUGGGUCUUAGUCAACUUCAGGUGAAAACUUGGUACCAAAACCGAAGAAUGAAGUGGAAGAAAAUAGUAUUGCAAGGCGGGGGUCUGGAGUCCCCGACAAAGCCCAAAGGUCGCCCAAAGAAGAAUUCCAUUCCUACAAGUGAACAACUUUCAGAACAAGAGAAGAUAAAAGAAGGCGAGAAACAGGUGGAGAAUUCUCCAUCACCUUCCGAAGUGAAUCAGGAAGAAUAAAGCGUAAAGAGAAUGAAGCAGAACUAUUGACACGCAUCGGGUGAUGAUGCCAAUUUAUUGACCUUGAAGUUCCAGCGAGCCACGAUUUUAGCGCGUCCUAAUGUGGAAUUUACACCCGAACCGUAAAUGUCAGCUACCAAAUUUGAAAUCAACUGUAUUUUUUUCUCUCUCUCCAAACAUCAGCUGAUGGAACCUUCCACUAACAGAUUCGCCAUUGUUGUAUUUUAUUAAGUUUGGAAUUUGGAUCAAUUUCCCGUUGACUUGGAAGUUGUUGCAGAACGCAUAUCCGAUUUUUUUGAAUUUGCUUUCAGGCCCUACACAAGGUUAUCCAGAAAGAAACUGAAUAUUGCUUAGUGGAUGAGCAUGAUCAAAUUUCCAUUCGUUUAUACCUAAUGUAGCAUUUUAGCGCCUUUCUUACACAAGUUUGGCUGCACAAAAUUAAAACUCAGAAUCAAAGUAAGUUUUAUACUUUGCAAACAGUCUUUCUAACGCGUUCUACUUUUUUUUUACAAAUGUCAGUAUUGUUGAGGGAGAUGCAAUUAUCGUGACUUUAUUUUAGGUUUCAGCCUACACUUCUGUGGUGCCUCUCUGUCAAGUUAGUUUUAUAAAUAUUUUGACCAAACCAAUUCGAUAGUAGGUAGACUGUGUUAUGGUUCAUUGCGGAAGAGCCACAGCUGCAGUAGCAGAUUUGAAGUGUUUGUACCAAGUACCGAAUUUAUAAAUGAUUUCAUACACUUGUGAAAGAUAGGAGAAACUGUAAAUAAUUCUUGCAGCAAUGGCUGUGGCGUUAUGCCAAGAAAUGUGCCUUAUGCCUCUCGGAAAGGGAAACUACAAACGUUGAUAUCUAAUUAAAUGUGCCUGUAUUUUUUAAAAUUUAUAUUUCCGUUUA